AAGGUUGAUUUUAUUCAUGAGAUUUUGUGAUUUGGAUAAGUUCCGAGCCUUGUGCACUUGUGGGAGCCGUCUCACGAGUGCACGGCGUCUGCCACAUCCCUGGAUUUGGGUUCUGGGGCGUGACAGAUUUAGUGGUAUCAGAGCUUAGGUUUGAUUAAGACUUUGUGAUGUGAGAGCCUAGGGUUAAGUAAAUACCUAGGAUAUGUUUUGAACUUGGCUAGUUAAGGGAUUUAGAACCGUGGUGAGACGAGUGAUGGGGUUAUACAAGGGACGAUUCUGAUUUGUGCUGCCUGAAUUUUCUGAUCUGCUUUGAUGAGAUAGUAAUUCAGUUAGUACCUGUUAUCUGCCGAUAGUGAGAAGUUUUGAAAUUUAUCUUGCUCACUAUGCUCUUAGGACCUUGUUUGAAACUUGGUCCUUUAUGAUGGUAUGCUUGGUUUUGGUUGUGGAAGGAUGUAUAAGGCCUUCCACAUUAGGUCUUUUGUUUGACUAUUCAUCUGGGCAUUCAUACAUGAAUGCAAACAUGGACAUACAUGAGCAUAUACAUGGGCAUUCAUGCAUGCACACAUGGGCAUUCAUGCAUGCACACAUGGGCGUUCAUACAUGCAUGUAUAAAGGCAUUCAUUCAUACAUGCAUAUGCAUGCAUUCAUCCGUUCAUGAUUCUGGGUAUCUGAGUGAUGUUUAUCCGUCUCGGAUGGAGUUCCAUCUUUUAGUUGGACUCAUCAUUAGAUUCCUUGUUAUGUGGUUGUGUUUGAUGAGUGCCGGGUCUUCAUUUGAGUCAAAGGUACCACAUAAUCACGCCGAUAACUCUUGAGAUUAGUUACUUGUGUUGAGGCGUGAAGUUAUCUCUUGCCUCCCAAAUGACCAUUGGAGAAGGUGGAGAUUGAGAUUGUUGUUGGCUUGUUAGAGUAGUGAUGAGUACCCAGUCCCUGUAAAGUGAAUGUGACUGUUAUACCCUUGUACUUGUUAGCCGUGUAUUGUGAGAAUGACUUCCCUGUUAGUGUUGUGGUUUGAUAUCAGAGUGGCGCAGCGGAAGCGUAGUAGGCCAUAUUCUGACAAUAGAAAGUCGAUGGGGCAUUUGUUUUGUCUUGGAUUGUGUGAAGCCAUUCACCAAUCUAGACAAUCCUAGAUUUGAGUUUUGGGGACAAAACUCCUUUUUAGGAGGGGUGGAUGUAAUAUCCCAAAAUUUUGGGGUAUUUUAGCAUUU